GACCUGCAGCUACAGGACCUGUGUGAAGGACCUGUUUGAAAGACUUGCAGUUAUAGGACCUGUUGAUUAAUAAGUGUUGGUCACAGGUGCCGGGCGGGAGUUUGUCAGCGUUGCUGCGCAGUAAGUGGGGGCCUCUGAAGGAGAACGAGUCUACCAUGGCGCGGUACACCAAACAGAUCUUGGAAGGUCUCAAGUAUCUCCAUGACCAGAAAAUUGUCCACAGGGACAUAAAAGGUGACAACGUGCUUGUCAACACCUACACUGGAGUUGUGAAAAUAUCCGACUUCGGCACGAGCAAGCGUCUGGGAGGCGUGUACCAGUCGACGGAGACGUUCGCAGGCACCCUGCAGUACAUGGCCCCUGAGGUUAUCGACAAGGGGGCCAGGGGAUACGGCGCGCCUGCAGACAUCUGGUCGCUAGGGUGCACUGUGGUCGAGAUGGCGACAGGCAAGCCUCCCUUCAACCAACUCGGGUCUCCGCAAGCCGCCAUGUUCAAGGUGGGCAUGUUCAAAGUACACCCUGAUAUUCGUGNUUGCCGUAACUGGACCACGGCAGCACAGCUGCUCGAGGACCCUUUCAUUACUGAUUUGGGCAGCAAGAAAAAAAUGGGUCGCUUGACCACCCAGCAGGAGUUCAACAGGAGCAUUUCCGUGCCUGUUGACCGCCUGCCUGCGCGACAACAACAACAGCUGGACAAAUGUCGUCUGCCGUCCUCGCCUGACGACAGCGAUACAGGUGGCGGGUCGCCGUGCAUCCUCAAGUCCUCUGGGGGCAGCGGGGGAAGCCGUGGGGAAAGCAACACUCUCACCGCCAUACACCCUCCCGCCACUGCGUCCCCAGUCUCACCUUUCUCUCCUCUCUCAUAUACUGGUCAGGGGAUGAGUGUGGAGACGGACGACUUCUCAGGGCGCCGCCCCUCCAUCAGCAACGUCCUCACCCCCGACGUGGACACCGCGGGCCGCACAACAAACGAUCAAGACGGUUUCUAUCUGCUGAAGAAAGACUCGGAGCGCCGCAUGACUUUGUCUCAAAUUUUGGACAAAGACCACAAGCUGCUGAUAUCGUCUUGGCUGGACCGCGCACAAGAAGACUUCGGGACUCAGACUUUCCCCCUCCAGGAGAGCCAUUUGGAAGAACUGAUGGGGGGACUGCAAGCUAACAUCGGCAGCUUGCAGAGAGGACCUGUGUUUAAAGCUCUGUCGUCCGUACGGUCGAAGAUUGAAAGUCCGUCCUUCAAAGACACCACGGACUACAUCCAACACGCCCUCUACACCUUCCCUCACGCCGUGUGCGGAGUGCUGCGAAGACACAACAUCAAACCUCACUGGAUGUUUGCUUUUGAUGACGUCGUGCGCGGCGCAGUGCACACCGCCAUGAACAUCCUGCAACCUGGCAUGGACAUGCUGGUUGCGGGUGAGAGUGACAGCUGUGAGGGUGAGCGUGUUGAGGGUGACGGGGGAGGUGUGUGCGACCACAGCCCCACGCCUGGCAUGUCAACCGUCAACAGCGGCAAAUCAACAACCGCUGGUGGCAGCGCCACUGAAAUGCUGCACCACCAAAGCAACCUCUGCAUGCAGCUACACCACCAGCUCCACACCACGCGACAGCAGAACGCCUCGUUACUACACGAGCAAAACGAAGUUGAGCAACGAUACCAGAGCCUUCUGAAGCAACUCCUGCAGGAGCGGCAGCAGCAGGUGCAGCUUCUCCAGCAGCAGCUGCAGGCUACAGGCUCCACGUCUCUGCUGCUCACCCCCAACACCGCUUCAGUGCAGCUUGUUACUGGUGACGUGAGCAGCGGCGGCAGCAGCGGCGUGUGGACAACUACACGCAGCAGCAGAGGCGCUGAGCCUGACGCGGCGCUGGUGCACUGGCUGCAGCUCAACGCCGUCCCCCCGCCUGCCAUCGACAGGAUCGUGGCAGAAGAAAUGUCAGCAGAAGAUUUGAUCUAUCACGCUUCAAGGGAGGACUUGGCCCGAAUGCGCCUCAGUCUUGGCACUGAGAUGCGUUUGUGGAGAAGCAUAGAGAACCAUCGCCGUAGCGGGGCUGCUAUCCCACAACCGCCGCCGGUGCCCCUGCCCACUAUUAUCGAACCUCCCUCCGAAAGCACCGUCAACGGAACAGCGCACGAUAAUUACAUUUCUCCUAGCAUCCCUUGUACUACGUUCAACGAGGAAAGGAACGGGCCAGUAGAAGAGGUCCAUGAGUCAUUUCAUGGCUCGGUGAGCUCUGAAGUUUCGACCAAACUACAUGAAUCAUCAGCAGCUUUCAGCAACUCUGUUAUUGAAGAACUGAAUAAAAGUGGGCAGAGUUCUGUGAGUGGAAGCACCGUGUCAGUGGACGCCGUUGCACGCGCCACGCACGGAGUUAGUAAGAGCGUGAGUCUCCCUCGUGUGCCGCUGGCUACUAAUUUUAAUCUUCUCGAAGCUCGUCGUGCUCGGUCGUACCAACCGUGCCCGUUUGUCUACCCGACCCCCAACCCCGAUGGCCUCCUGGCUCUAUCAAAGUCCCAGUCUGCGUCUGUGGUUGCAUCAGAUACUAAUCGAAAUUGUCACUUGAUUUCGAUCACGAAAAGUAGUUCCGGUGGAGGAAUUUAUUCGCGCAAUGUGAGAAAUGAAUUCACUAUGAACAUCAAUGAUCGAAAUGGAAUGAUCCUCAACAACGGUGGCGAGGAGGUACACUCUAGUAUUGACUCGUUGGACAACAAACUUGAUGUUAGCGAUGCGCUCAAUUGUGCGGACACGAGCGUUGGUGGCAUUAACCAUAGUAAUGAUGAUGACAGUGAUCUCACCAUCACCAACAGCAGUGACAAUAAAACCGUUGAUGACAAUGUAAACAUUUGUAUAGGCGCUGUAAGUCCGUGCAAGAGUUCUACCAAAAAUAAUUCUUCUGCAUCAAGCACUUCGUCAUCUAGCAAGAGUCUCGCGAGGAACAGCAAAAUGGUUUCCAUGGAUAAAAAAGUCUUGGUUAAAGAAAAGUCUCCCAGUGACGCUCGACACAAAAGUGCAAGAGCCUCAUCUAGUUUGCCUCCCAGAUUUAUGCGCGGCAAAAAGCCUGCCUGAAUCUUUUAUAUGCGUUUAAAAUGAACAGGACUUCUUGCUAUAGCGCUUCCUUUGUGCUCUCUAUGGCCAAAUCUACGCUAUUUCGAUAUAUUUUAACCCUUAAACUCGCCUUCUUGUGCUUCCAUUACUUGAGAGGCUUUUUUUCAUUAUGAUUUGGUCGCCUGAUUUUUGCACAUUUUACAUGCAACCAAGCACAUAUUCAUAAAGCCGUUAUUGGUGUCCCGUAGAAUGAGUUCGGGCAUGGUUGUGACGUUCACAUACGCUCUGCAUCUUCAAGAUUCGCUGUAUUACGACCAACUUCAAUGUUUCCAAUAGAAAUUUCGGUCACACGAAAAUUCUUCCUCUCAGUCUAGUGAUUUACACUUCUUCUAUGGUGCUCCAGCUGAUGGUGUUGUGUGCCUCCGGCUGAUGGUGUUGUGUGCCUCCAGCUGAUGGUGUUGUGAACGUCUGCUCAGUAGCUUCCAGAAUUACUUUAAUUUGCUUUUAAUUAGAGUUACUCUUUUUGUUUAUUAAGUUUUAAUAAGUACGUAAUAUAAGUACGUAAUGCAUCGUAAAAAAUCGUAAAGAAUUUUAUCAGAGUAUUAUCAUGAGGCUCUCGAAAGCUGCAAUACAUAAAAGUUUUCUACUCUAUUUAAUGUUAAGGGAUUUCCCAUCGAGUGCAGUGCCAGUGUUAGUCCGCUAUUCGGCGUCGAAGUUAAAAUCGUCUUUUGAAGUAUCUUGCUUUGUGAGUUGAGAGAGCGAUACUCGCAACGCUGCCUACUUAAUGAUCAUGAUUACUAUGCUCCCAUUCCCCCACGGCAUUGGCACAUCAUCAAGACCUUCGUUUGUAGUGCGAGGUAAUUACAUUUAGCAUUUUUGGCUAAGAGAUUUGAAAGAGACAAGACAGGAAGUUUUACGCUACUUGUGCCCUGCGGGGCAUGGAUCCACCAAAAUGUUGGAUCGCCUGCAUUAAGCGCCACCUCAUUUCGAGGUUUGCUCCCCCUUUUUUUGUUUUCAAAGAAGUUCCAUAACGUCGAAUAAGUGAAAAUAAUAAUCAUGUAAUGUUCUAUUUUUGUUCAAAACCUUAUACGGAACGAAGCCGACUGAAGCUCUUUACCAAACCAGUGCCUUACUCUCCCCAAACUUGAACUAUAUGAUUUUUAUUCUAUUUUAAUCAUGUUAUCGUGUCUUUCGCAUAGACUCGUAAACCACAGGAGGUUGUUGUUCUUCUAAGGUUGGGAAAUGUUCUUUAGCUUUCAAUUCCUGCCAAGGUUACAGUAAAACUAUGCACUUAUU